AGGAAAUCCGAAAGAAAACAGAGCGAAGAUCUCUCUUCACACACACUCUCUCUCUAAUGGAUGCAUAUUCCUCGAAUCUUUGAAGGAUCUGUUGCAUUCUGCGGCACUCCGAGAGGCUUCGAGCUCAACUCCACCAUCGGACGACGGCACCGGAGCUUCUCCGGCCACCGUUUGAGCUCUGAAUCGGCGGGCAACGGGAAAUCAGCGUGCCGGCGAGACGCAGGCUUUGACCUCUGAUUUCAACAACUCCUGCAUCUCUUGGGCGUAUUGAGCACUGAGUAGCAUUGGCCGGAUAUAAUUAUUUUUAAUAUUACGAGGGCAGACCGAUGAAGAACGGAGUUGUUGAAUGCAGUGUCUGCCACUCAAGACUUGUAUCUCCUACUACCAGACCUAUAUCAAGGGCUUAUGAUCGACACAAAAGCAAUGUGUCAUCAAAGCAGCGUGCCCUUAACGUUCUCUUGGUUGUCGGUGAUUGUAUACUUGUGGGCUUGCAGCCAAUUCUAGUUUAUAUGUCCAAAGUGGAUGGAAAGUUCAACUUCAGCCCUAUCAGUGUUAACUUUUUGACAGAAGCUGCAAAGGUUCUCUUUGCAGUUCUGAUGCUUUUAUUCCAGGCUAGGCGUCAAAAAGUGGGCGAGAAGCCGUUGCUCUCAAUAUCCACAUUCAUACAGGCGGCCCGUGCCAACAUCCUCCUUGCUGUUCCAGCCUUCCUAUACGCGGUUAAUAAUUAUCUGAAGUUCACUAUGCAGCUAUACUUUAAUCCUGCAACCGUUAAGAUGCUUAGUAACCUGAAGGUUUUGGUGAUAGCUGUUUUACUGAAGGUAAUAAUGAGACGUCGAUUCUCCAUAAUCCAGUGGGAAGCCCUUGCUCUAUUGCUCAUUGGUAUCAGUAUAAAUCAAUUGCGAUCCUUGCCCGAAGGCACAACUGCUAUGGGUCUUCCUGUUGAAGCGGGUGCAUACAUACUGACUCUGAUUUUUGUCACAGUCCCAUCCAUGGCUUCUGUCUUCAACGAGUAUGCACUGAAGAGCCAAUAUGACACAAGCAUUUACCUUCAGAAUUUGUUCUUAUAUGGAUAUGGUGCUAUAUUCAACUUUCUAGGAAUUGUGGGAUCAGCCAUCAUCAAAGGACCAAGCAGCUUUGAUAUUCUGCAAGGACAUUCAAAAGCUACUAUCCUGCUUAUAUGUAAUAAUGCAGCUCAAGGGAUCCUAUCCUCAUUUUUCUUCAAAUAUGCAGACACAAUUUUGAAGAAGUACUCAUCAACUGUGGCCACAAUCUUCACUGGAUUCGCAUCUGCUGCACUGUUUGGUCACACGUUGACCAUUAACUUCAUGCUAGGAAUCACUAUCGUGUUCAUUUCGAUGCACCAGUUCUUUUCACCCCUUUCAAAAGUCAAAGAUGAGCAACAAAAUGGACUGCUGGAAUUAGUAGAUGUUGAUGAUGAGCGGAGGUCAAGGGAUUCCUUUAUUAAUAUGGCAGCUGGGGCAAAUGAUGAGGCUAGUCAUCAUGUGAAUACUGAAGAUAGGCAACCACUUCUUCCCCGAUAAAGUCACUUAGGGUUAUCGGUUGGUAGUACGAGAAUAGCAAUUCAUGCUUGGGCACCAAUGGAAUAAAUAAAAUUCUUGGAAUGGGAGAAACAGACUCCUCUGCUUCUCUGGGAUCCUUUUGCAGUUCUGGUACUUUGCCAGUCAUUUCCCGGAGACUCUUGCAAGGAGCUCGAAGUGUAGAGUGCUACUGAUGAGCAACGGAACGAGAAUGGUAUAGAUAGGAUAUAGUACUUUGGACGCCCCGUGAUCACUCAAACUCGGGAUCAUUUACCUCCUUUUAUAUAUUAUGAUUUUGGCCAUCCUUUUAUAUAUCAUGAUUGACAGAUUGUUUUAUAUCUUUUAUCCCCCUCAUUUCUUUGUUUCUAUUUUUGGGGAUAAAACUACAGCUGAAGGCAAUUGAUUCGUGUUCAAGUCAUGUAUUAUCUCUGGGACCUACCGGACUACAACACAACCUUUCUUUGCAAUAUAUAAUUUUAAUUUUCUUUCUACCUA